AUGGAUCAGUUGGACGUCAAUCAGACGAACCGAGAGGGGAAGAGUGCUCUUCAUAUGAGUGCCCAAAACCGGCACUUCUUAUGCGCUGAACGGCUGCUGAGGUGUCCGCAGAUAGUCGUGGAUCCGCUGAACCGAUCCGAUUGGACGCCACUGAUGAUGGCCUUAACCAAAGACAACAACAUGGAUGUCAUCCGCCUAUUGGUGGACAGCGGAGCGGAUCUCACGCUGAAGAACAAAGACGGCUGGAAUGGCUUUCAUAUAGCCGUCAGGAGUGGAUGUUUACCACAAAUCCAAUACCUCUUCGCGCGCGAUAGUCGUGUCGCGGACACCAGAAGUCGUACCGCGAGAACUCCUUUACAUACGGCGUGCCUCUGCAGUCACCACCGAGUGGUGGACUUCCUGUUAGACAACUGCGGCUACGGGUGCGAUGAGCGAGACUCCUGUGGUAUCACUCCGUUCAUGGAGUCGCUGAGGAAUGAUUGCGUGGAUAUCAGUAGACUAUUGGUGCGAAAGCACGCCAUCGACGCGCGUCUUGCGGACAAAUUGGGUCGCAAUGGUCUGCACUUAAGCUGUGAGACCAAUGCCGUCGAUGCCAUCAAGUAUUUGGUGAAUGACCACAAGUUUGACGUGAAUUGCGUGACAAGUGUCGGCCACUUAACGCCACUACACUUAGCCGUCAAAGAGGGACACAUUGAGGCCAUACGACUGCUCCUGGAGUUCGGCGCCGACACUCACCUCACGGACAGUAAGGGGCGGACUCCACGGGAUUUUGCGGCACUCCUGAAGCGCGCGGAUUGUCAACAGAUUUUGACGCAAAGUGUUUGA